AUGAAGUGGUCUACGAUCACUACACUCUCCCUCCUUGCGGGUAGCGCUCUCGGUGCACCCGUCUCCUCUACAACCGCUGGCCUGCAAAUCUCGGAUGAGCUGCGCAACCAGGGUGAUGGCUCCUACAUUGCCACUCGCAACGAGAACGGCGAGCUCGAUGUCAAGUUCACACCUAUGGCCGCGCUUGUCGCCCGCGAUCCGGAUCUCGUCCCCGAGACCCCACCCGCCACACACUCCGGUCGCUGGAGCGUUGGCAAAGACGAGAUCGUCUGCGAUCCCGGCCACUCUGACAAUGUCGCCGACCUAGACGCCGCCAAUGUUCAGCUUGCGAAGAACGCCCCUAAUGGCAAGAACGGCGAGAGCGAAGGUCUAUACGGAUGGGUACACCUUAAUGGUCAGACAUCUUAUUGGUGCAAUUACGAGGUGAACCAUCCGACGUACGAUCUCGUGAUCAACAUGCAUGUAGCCCUCAGCUUGAAGUGCGGAGGCUCAGCUGCCUAUGGGUACAACCAUUACGUCCUCCGACGUGGUGCCAGGGACCUGGUUGUUGGCCGUACCUACACGGGCAAUAAGUUCUGCGAGAAGCAUUUCUACUCGUCUCCCAAGCAGUUGGAGGAGCGGGAUCCAGCGCCCAAGAAUUUCACCAUUGCAAAGAGUUUGAUGCAACAAGGUAACGGGCUUUACCUGGCUACAUUCGAUGACUCGGGCAAAGCUAGCGUCGAGUUCACACCUGCGGCUCAGUUACCAGCUAUCAACAGUACGAUACCAGCUAUUAACGGUACGCUUACGACUGAGAACCCUACCGUGAUGAGCAUUAGAGCGCUACGCAAGCGUGGAGAAGUCCACUGUGACCGCAAAGACUCGAUGAAUACAGGCGAUUUGAACUGGGCCAAUGUCCAAUCCAUUAGUGAUAACUGUCACGGCGAUGCUGGCUAUGGCUUCAGGCGCCACGUUGGCGCUGUCUGGGAUUCGGAUUACUGGUUAGCUGUGGGCCGCACUUACUAUGGCGACAACUUUUGUGACAGCAACUUCCACGACAAUCCAGGCAAGAGACUCUCAGAGUCAAUCGAGCCGAGUGAGAAGCCCAUUGAACUCUCGCGUCGCGAUACCGUGGAUCAGGUUGCGAAGCCCGCCGAACUCUCACUUCGCGAUGUCAAUCCCAUGGACCAGGGUGAUGGGUUGCACCGUGCAUGGUUCGACGAGAAUGGAAUCUUGCAAGUCGAGUUCACGCCUAUCAGCGAAAUCUUGGCCAAACAUCCGCACGCCAAUGUCCCUGCUGCAAGAAGCACCGCUGUUGCAAGCGGGCGCACUUGGCGAGGUGGUUCCAUUUGCGACAAGAGAUUCCAGCCAUAUGAAGCACAAGUUGCGAGACCCUUCGCGCCGCCACGUCGAUCGACCUCCUCUGACAUCAACAUCGCCUCAGAUUUAAUGUUCCAGGGCGAUGGCUUCUACACCGCAACUGUCGAUGACUCUGGUACUGUCGAUGUGGAGUUUACGCCGAUGGCAGAACUCCCACCCACCGCUGAGCUUCUCUCCAAAGCCCGUGCUGAAGGUCUGCUGGAUUACAUCCCAGACAGCACCGACUCUCUGCACAAGGGCAAAACCGAGUGUGAAGGCCGAGACUCCGGAUCCCAGAGCGACUUGGAUGGUGCCAAUAUUCAGCUUGCACAUAACGGUGAUGUCACCAGUAGGAAGUGUGGCGCUGCUGCUUACGGCUGGGACCAUCGGUACGUGGUACAAGGCAGAAGCUUCGCAGUUGGCCGAACUUUCCAUGGCAACAACUUCUGUACAGACACCUUCAAGGGAUGGCAUGCAGCUCGGGCUGUCGAGACUCCAUCUGGAGAAUCCGCAUCUGUCGAUACCCCAACUGUCCAGUUUGAUUUACAUGCCAAUGCAUCGACCUGGGACAUGACUUCCGCCCAGAUGGACCAAGGCGAUGGUCUUUAUGUUGCCAGCUUGGACGACGAGACUGGUCAAAUGGCCGUCAAGUUCACGCCUAUUACCAAGCUUAGCAGUCGCGCCUCACUUGCCGAUGCAUCGAGUUGGGACAUGACUUCUGCCCAGAUGGAUCAAGGUGACGGUCUCUAUGUUGCCAGUUUUGAUGAUGAGACUGGUCAAAUGAGCGUCAAGUUCACGCCCGUGGCCGAGCUCAGCAGUUCCGUCUCUCGCGCUUCAGUAAGCAGCAACUCUGCUGCUGAUGUCAUAAACGCUUUGAACAAACGCCAAGGAGACAAGACGAGUUGCGCGCGCGGCAGUUCAAAGAACGUUGCUGACUUGGACUCGGCCAACCGCCAGCUCGCAGAAGCUGGGUCGAAGACCGAUCUCAAGUACAACCGUGUUGGCUGGGUACACAUCAAUCACGAAACUUCAUAUUGGUGUGCCACCAAAGGUUCAUAUAAUUGGAGAUAUCCUUACGAUUACUUUAUCAAUCAGCAGACGAUCGUGAGUAACACCUGUGGCGGGACAGCUGGUUAUGGAUGGAACACCUUCGAGGGGUACACAGUUGCUCCCCCUCUGGCAACAGAUACUAAAGCAGAUUGGACUAAGAUCUCCGUGGGUCGAACCGUCAGAGGAACAUCUAUCUGUACGCAGAAGUUCAUCCCACCUGCUGCUGCGGCUACGGUCGAGAGCUCAGACAUUUUGAGCAAACGCGAUAGCGUCAAGCAGACUUGCCGGGGCGGGUUUUCAAUGAACGUUUCUGACCUGGACUAUGUCAAUUCUGAAAUGGCGAAAUAUGGCGAUCAGCUCAAUCUCAAGAGGAGCCCCAUUACCUGGCUACACAAAAGCGGCGAAACUUCCUAUUGGUGUCUCUCUGAAGGCGCCGACGGUUGGACAGAGAAUUAUGAUUACUUCAUCAAUGAGCAAAUGAAGAUCAGCAGUCAUUGCGGCGGAUCAGCGGCUUAUGGUUGGUCUCAUUCCAGGGGGUACAAAAAGUUCGGAGUGUGGAAUGUCUGGACCGAGUUCUCCGUUGGCCGUACCUUCAAGGGAGGAUCUAUCUGUCGAAAGGGCUUCGUACCACCUUCUGCUCCAGCAUCCAUUGAAGCAUCGCCUAUCGCGGUAGCACCUCGCUCCGCCACCUUCGACGCGCGAAACCAGGGCGACGGCUUCUACCUGGAGACUUUCAACGACGCUGGAGAGAGCACCAUCAAGUUUACCCCGCGAACUGAGUUCAAACCUUACGAUCCUGCUCAAUCAUCAGUCUCGGAAAACUUGGCGGCUGGGAGCAUUGAUGCUUUGCGCACCCGCUACCACCAUCCAACCUGCAGAAAAUACCCACCCACGAAGAGCGGGAGCUGGCAAGAUGUGGAUGAAGCUAACGUUCAGCUUGGGCGCCAGUCCAACGGCGUUCAUUUCGACGCGAGGACGAGAGGUUGGGUCACGAUCAAUAAAGAAAUUGCCUACUUAUGCGCGUGGAGCGCCUGGGAGGGCACAUACGAUGAAGUCAUUGCGGCAAACGUUCUAAUCAGUUUCGAUUGCGGCGGGUCAACUGGCUACGGCUGGGACUACGAAAACAAGAAAGAUCUGACCAUUGGCCGUACUUGGUUGGGCGACCACAUCUGCAAGAUUAAUACUCAUCGCGAUGAAUCUGUUCAUGAUGAAUCAGUGGCUGCGCAUGCAGUCGAGCCCAUGCGCGUGCGCAGCGACCUGCUACAACAAGGCGAUGGCCUUUACUAUGGGACGAUUAACGAAGCAGGCGAGAAAACUGUCGAAUUCACCCCCAUCGCUGAGCUGGCAGCUCUUCUCCCUGCUCAGUCGGCCACAACCGAGAAUGUCACAGCCACGACAACGGACACUUUCCCUCCAAACGUGAAGUAUACCAAAUACUGGUGCCGGGGUUACAGCGAAAACACUCCAGACCUAGACUUUGCCAAUGUCGCCCUUGCGGCUAUGUGGGAUAACAUGUACUUGGGGUGGCAUAAUUAUGUUUCCUUUGUAAAGUAA